AUGCUUGUUGAUGAAUCAGAAGAAGAAGAUGUAGUUGUAGAUGAAGGUGAAGCAGAAAAAGGUCAAGAUCUAGUUUCUCCUGAGACUGACCAAUUUUUGAAAGAUAUUGAUUAUGAAUUAGAUUCAGAGAAGGCAGUUGGUGGCAAUGAAGGUGACGAUAGUUCAUCAAGCUCGUCUGAGGAAGAAAUUGAUGAAACAGAACGUACAAAAAGAAUUCAAGCUGAAGUUGAGAAAGAAAAACGUUUAAAGAGAAAGAGGAAAGAAGAUAAGGAUGAUGAAUUAUACAAACCAUCUCCUGAACAGGUUAUUGAAUCUCAAACGCCUCCAUCAUCUGGUGGAAGGAAGAAAGCUAGUGCAAGAAAGCGUGUGACGUCUCCACAAGCAGCAAAGAGAAAGUUGAUUGUGAGGUUGCCUAAACGCAAACCAAAAACAAAAUCUAGCCAACCACCAUCACCACCACCUGAACCAUCACCACCUCAAUCACCACCAAAACAACCUACACCACCACCAUCACCUCCACCACAUUUUCACCGCUACAUCCAUCACCACCACAUCUUUCACCACCACAUGAACAACCUGUUGUUACUUCACAAGUUGGAAGAAGAGAAAGCACGCAGAGAUAAGCAAAAUAAGUACUUCGAGUUAAAGAACAAAGAGUUGGAAGCUGCUAAAGCAAUGAAAGAACACGAGAUAUACACGAUGAAUAAAGUGUUAGAAAACAUGCUUGGAAAGUCUGUUGAGCAGAGAUUUGAAGAGAUUGAAGUUGAAGAGGUUAGAGCUAGACGUCAAGCUGAAAUUGAUGUUGAGAUGAAGUAUAAAGGCAAGGGUGUUGAAGGUGUUAGUGAAAUUGCUGAACGAUCAAUUGUUCCAUCUUAUGUUUCUGAAUCAUCUAUUCAGAAUCCUCGUCUAAUAUCUGUUGUGUCUGGUAUCUUUGAGGAAGAGAUCGAAAACACUGGAUUAAUCGGUCAAGGGUUGAAGAUUAACGCUAGGGUUUAA